GUUAGAAGUCGGUAUCUUGCUUGCCCUGUCGAAUGAUGGGUACUUCGCUGCAUCUGGAUCGCAGACACGUGCAGUCGGCGCAAACUUCCGGUCUGCAGAUGGACCCUCGAACUACUGCGGAUGCAGCUGCUCGGAGUCGUGGCCAAUUGAGCCAGGAUAAAUUAUUUGACGGUUCAAUACAUAGUUCGGAUCAUAAUUUUGGUUCCCGGAGUCCACGAUCCAUAUCGCCUAAGGCUAUACAAAAUACACCAAAAGUCGCGGAGGAAAUACAAUUUGAGACAACGCGAAUGGGCGCGGGUGGUCGAAUAAAUGGGCAGCAGAUGAGACAGGAUCCAUUGCUGUCUGGCGUGCAAAGCAAGGGGGCCCACUCGAUCGUUGAACCACUAUCACGCUCGCCAAAAACUGCUGUGGGGCAAAGAGGGACAGCGGCUGGUGUAAUCAAACCUCCUGGGGAUACGGAUGUCAGCCCAAGGAGUAUUGAAAGGCGACGUUCAAGAAGCAUUGGCUCUGGCGCACGUGGGAGCAGAAUUGCAGCGUUGUCGGUGCACCUCCGCACUCGCCUGUCGUAUGCUGCUGCCAAGGUAGAAAAGAGUCGCAAGAGUCAAAGCGCACAGAUUCAAUUACCAUCGGGGUUUCUUUUAGAUGAUUCCCAAGGCCUUGAUGGCCCGGACGGUGGACGCCUUAGGGACGCUGCCUCGCCAGAUGGUACGACCGUCUCCGCGCCAGACCCUCCUGGAGCCUCUCAUAUCUAUCCUCUCAAUGGCACCCCACGGUUACUUCCAGCAGGGAGCUCAGAAAACCACACUCAAACAAGGCAACUUGAACCGUCAAAGUCACCAACAUCGUCGGAGUUGUCGAUUCCGAAACUCGCUCCUCCCGUGGACAUCGUCUCUGGUAGUAGCAACCGCAGACGACCGAAUCCAAACGAACCAUCCAUUCACGAUCAUCGCACUCCCAUUUCCCUUCACCGACGACAUCACUCACAGCAAGAAUUCAGCCUACAAAGGCCUUUUAUAGGCCCAGACACCGUACUAGUACCAGGAACACCACCCCUCCGACCAACGGGAUACCCGAACCAUAUCCCAUUUAACGGGAUGUCCAGCCAGGACCGACACUCGCAGAAUACCUCCAUGGAGCAGGACGCCAUUGAGACUUUAUUAUUCAUGUCUAGCCCAGGAAAUUCAGGCUACCGCUCCAACUCCCAGCCCUCUCAGCAACAGAACCAUUUUCCCAGCAGCAUUGGAGCGUCAACUGGCGCAUGGACUCGGAACUCACAAUCCGAUCAUAACAAUCGUCAAACCAUAUGUAAAAAAGAAGCUCUAGAAUCAGGUCUAGAGGCUAAUGCUGGGGACGAAAUCGACCGUAUGCUCGAUCAGAUGGAAAGUGACAGCGAAGACGAAAAGCCUUUUGUUCGAGAUAUGGCAAAGAAGGCAAUCAUUAAAAAAGAAAGCACCAGUGAUCAGGAUCGCAGGGCUUUGUCUGGGUAAGGAAAGAACCUAGACUGUCCUUUCACUUGAGACAUGAUCCGAGACCAUAUUUGGCCGGGGGGUUGGGCCUGCAUUCUAUCUACCCUGGUAGCUUCCUCACAUUGCACAUAACAUCUUCAUUACAAAACAUUGGUGUUACGACUUGG